AUGUCGUAUGCCAUCACGAACGCCGCGAGCGCUGCACGCCUGCCUUCGCGCCGUGCAGCCUCGGGCCUGUUCCUCUUCGCCCUCUCCGCCGCCACCCUGCUGGCGCCCGCCCACGCGACGCGCACCGCCAGCCUGCACACGCCGCGCCCCUCGGCCCUGCCCACCUGUCCGCUGCACAGAGACACCACACCGAACCCAGCCGGCCUGCGGUCCCUCCACGCCACCGCGCCCCACGCCACCAGCCCGCCCCUCUUCUCCUACCACGUCGCCGCCUCGUACUCGGCCAAGCAGGACCGCUUCAAUGCACAGCAGAACCUGUUCACCAACCCGCUGCACGACCCCACAAAGCGCCACGACGACUGGGCCGAGUGCAAGGAGAGCGUCGACAAGCGCAAGCGGCUGCGCAGCGGCCAGGAUGCCCUCUUCUACACCCAGGUCGGCGACUCCCACACCACAACCUUUGGCGUCGCCGACGGCGUAGGCGGCUGGGUCGAGUCUGGCCUGGACCCCGCCGACUUCUCCCACGGCCUGUGCGAGUACAUGGCCUGUGCUGCGCGCUCCUUCCCCCACGGCUUCAACACCACCGAGCUGCACCCCAGGGAGCUGCUGCAGGUGGCCUACGACGAGGUCACCGAGGACGACAGCAUUGAAGGCGGCGGCAGCACCGCCUGCCUGGCCGUCGCCGAGCCAGACGGCAACGUCGAGGUCGCCAACCUGGGCGAUUCUGGUUUCAUGCACCUGGGCCUGAAUGCAGUACGGCACUUUACCCAGCCCCAGACCCACGCCUUCAAUACUCCCUAUCAGCUCUCCAAGACCCCCCACCGCAUGCUCGUGCAGAUGGCCGUCUUCGGUGGCCCCUCCACCCUCUCCGACAUGCCCAAGGAGUCGAGUGUCACGCACCACAAAGUCCGCCACGGAGACGUCCUGGUCUUUGCCACGGACGGCGUGUGGGACAACCUCAGCCCGCAAGACGCGCUGGGCAUAGUCAGCAAGCACAUGGUCGCCGCCGGUGCCUGGGUCGAGAGAGACGGCACCAUCGAGGUCGGACACGAUCUGGCCAAGCUGCUGCAGGCCGACUCCGGGCGCAGGGCGGACAGCAACUCCCUGCAGGCCAUGGUAGCCACGGCCAUUGCCAAAGAAGCAAAGGACACCGGCCUCAACACACGGCGCGACGGGCCCUUUGCCAAGGAGGUGCAGAAGUACUACCCGGGCGAGAACUGGCAUGGCGGCAAGCCCGACGACAUUGCCGCCGUCAUCGCCAUUGUGCUGGAGGCCUCGUCGACUGUAUCAUCAAAGCUCUGA